AUGGAACACUCUCGAGAUAGAGCUGCUGGUGGAUCUGUUAACAGUCCUCCAUGGUUUAAUGGAGGUUGUGAAAAGUAUACUCAAUGGAAGAUAUACAUGAAAUCAAACCUAUAUGCACAAGAUGAGCAUGUAUGGAAUAUUGUUGAAAAUGGCUGGAAGGUACCUGUGGUUCCAGCUAAAGGUGAGAGUUCAUCUACUGCCAUUCCUAAACCAAGGAAGGAUUGGACUGAAGAGGAAGUACAUGAUCUUCAAGCUGACUUCAAAGCCAAGAACAACAUAUUUACUGCUCUCUCUGAACGUGAGAAGCUAAGGAUCAGUCAUUGUGACACUGCAAAGCAGGCUUGGGAUUUGCUACAAACUACAUAUGAAGGUAACAAAAAGGUACGAGCACAAAAACUGCAAGGUUUGAUUUAUGAAUUUGAAACUAUGACUAUGAGAGAUGAUGAAACCGUGGAUAACUUUCAUGGUAGAAUUUUAAAAAUUACUGGUCAGUGUCGUAGUCUGGGUGCUCUGUUUGAUGAAGAUAAGGUUGUUAAGAAAAUUCUUAGGGCCUUGCCUGAAAAGUUUCAUUCUAAGGUCACUGGCAUUGAGGACUCUUUUGACAUUGAUGACUAUCCUCUGGAUGAACUUAUUGGAAAUCUAAAAACUUAUGAGCUAAGACUAAAACCUGAAAAGAAAUCUACGGGUGUAGCCUUCAAGGCUGUGAAAGUAACAGAAGAGGAAGAUGAACCAAUGGAUCUUGCUCUUUUGACUAAAGAGUUCAAAAAGUUUCUUAAAAGCAAAACCUCUUCUAGGAAUUCCAAUGCUCACAGGAAAAACUCCUUUAAUAGUGGUAGUAGUGAUAACAAUGCUAAGAGCGGGAAAGGGAAUUUUAAGGGAAAUAAUUAUGGUAAAACAAAAUGCUAUGAAUGUGGUGGCUAUGGCCAUAUUUCUACUGAUUGUGGUAACAUGAAGCAUGGAAAUAGCAACAACAAAUCUCUUCUCUCGACGUGGAGUGAUGAUGAGACUCAAGGGGUUGAAAAUGUAGCUUUUGUGUCAUCUCUCUCACUUGAAUCAGAUAGUGAUGAAAGCUUCUCAGAUGAUGAGACUACAGUCCGCUGCAAACAACUCUAUAAGGCAUCGAAAGCUACAUUGAUCAAGAAUCCAAAUUUGGAAGAAGAGAUUCAGAUCUUAAAAGUUGAGAAAAAUAAGUUGGAGCUUAUGUGGAAGAGUUCUCAGACCGCAUGGGAACAAGAAAGAACCAAGUUCACUGACGAGUUACGCAACUCACAAGGUGACAAAAGUUCACUGACUUGGAAGACAGAAUGUGCCGAGCUAAAAAACAAGAGCAAAAUGCUGGAACUUGAGGUAGAACUAAAGUCCACUCAAGAAAAGUUCACAAAGUUUGAGAUACGCUCUGGAGCUGCAUCCAAAUUAUUUGGUUCAGGAAAAGCCUAUCAUGAUACCUCUGGACUUGGCUAUUCUGGAGAAAGUUCCAAAAGUACACGAUUUGUGAAGGAGAUGAAUCUAGUUGUGGAGAAGAGUGACUUGUUCAUUGAGGUCAUCAAGGAAACUAACACAGGGCCAAAGAAAAAGGGUGAUAAUCAACCUAAACAUCAUCAGAAUGUCAAACAGGUAAAGAUUGACCAAGGGACAUUAACUGGUCAAAGCAGACCUAGAUGUAAUGAGAGACUUACAACACCUCUAUUUGUUGAAGAAAAGCUGUCUGUAGAAUCUUUACAUUGUGAACUUAAAGAGCAGAAGGUGCUUACUAUUAAUAAAUUAGCUGAUUUGAUCACUAAGGUAAACAUGCAAACUAAAACAAGUAAACCUGUAUGGAUUAGAAAAGAUUUGAAUAAUCACCUUCUUGCUCGCACAGAUUCCUCUGAUUCACUUAACUCUAUUGAUGCUACUUGUCUCAUGGCAUGUGUAAGUACAGAUAACACACCAUCACACAUUGAGGCAACCUGCCUGGUAGCACUCACUGCCUUGGCAGACAAGCGAAGGAACUUCUGGUAUGUCGACAAUGGAUGUUCCAGACACAUGACUGGAGACAAGGGUUGGUUCUCUUCAUUUCAGGAUGAAUGUACUACAGGUUCAGUUACGUUUGGUGAUGGAAGGAAAGCUAAGAUUCUUGCACGAGGCACUGUUAAUACUCUUGGAGUACCUAAUUUCAAGAAUGUUCUGUAUGUUGAAGGUCUAACUGCUAAUUUAAUCAGUGUCAGUCAUUUGGCAGAUGAUUAUAAGGAUGUUUGGUUGGGACAUGUGAACUAUCAGGACUUGCUCAAGCUAUCCACUAAACAAUGUGUUAGAGGAUUGCCAACUCUGAAUGGCAAGACUGACAAGGUCUGUGGAGAAUGCAAAGUUGGGAAACAAACCAAGGCUCCACACAAGGUGGUAAAUUCUGCAACUACCACACAAGUUUUGGAGUUGCUACAUAUGGAUCUCAUGGGACCAGCUCAAACUAAGAGCAUUGGAGGAUUAAGUCAGAGAAUGAUAAUGGAAAAACAGUCAUCUAAUAUUUGCAUGGUAAGAGUAAGGUCUGAUAAUGGCACUGAGUUCAAAAAUGCUGCUUUUGCUAACUAUUUCCAUGAGCUAGGUGUUUCUCAUGAGUUUUCAGUUCCCAUUACUCCACAGCAUAAUGGAAUAGUUGAAAGGAAAAAUAGAGUGCUACUGGACAUGGCUAGAGUAAUGCAACAUGCUGCAGGCCUAAGCACAAAUUUUUGGGCUGAAGCAAUCAGUACUGCAUGCUACACCAUCAGCAGAGUCUUUUUGAGACCUGGAGCUGAACAAACAGCUUCUGAGCUAUGGAAAGAUGCAUCAUCAUCUUCAAGUUCAGUUUCACAAGACACACCAACAAGUGCUAAAGAAGAAGAAAACGUUGACAGCAUCUUGGAGCCAGCUCCACAGAUGAGAAGAGGCUUCAAACAAGUUCAGAAGGAUUACUCUAGUCGAGAUAUCAUUGGGAAAUAUCAGAUGGCCUAA